AUGGACCUGAUCUUCCGGCUCAAGGAAGCCACCUUUGGCCUGCGCCCAGGGGAAUUUGGGCCUCUUCCGGUUGACCCAAAGAACGCGGCCCGUCCCGCAGGUUCCGGAAACUAUCGCCCGCCCCCGCGCCCGAAGGCGCGCUCAGCGCCGACCCCUCCGCCGCCAGAAGCCACACGGGAAACGCAGGACACAGGCGAUGAAAACACUUCGGCCAUGGGUCCUCGGGUUCGCCGGUUCAUGCAGGAGUUUCCAGGCUUCUGUGGGCAGCUCCCUGGGGAGGAUGCCGAGAGCUGGACCGACCAGGAAUUGAAGCAGUACUUCUAUUCGAACGGCUACAUUCGGCCCAAGCAACGAGCCCUCCAUCAGCCUGGCAGAGAGGAUCCUGCCAUGCGCCGUCAUCUGGCGACUCUCGGCCUGCAGCCACCCACAUCUGCAGAGGCGGUGAAGCGCGCCUUCCGCUCCUUAGCUUUGAAGUAUCAUCCUGACAAGCGUCCGGAUGACCAGACCACAAGCGCCGACUUCCAGCGCAUUAAGGAUGCCUAUGAUGCACUGACCGCUGCCGGCCUAGCUUGA